UGUGCUACCCACUGCGCCACCAUGACAUCCCCUGCAAAUAAUAUAUAGUUAAAUUAAACCUCAAGGAAAGUCUUUUGAACUUGGUUGGACUCCAGCAGGAUGAUGGCCCUCCAGGAGGAGGAUUGGACGUGCUGAACUAAAUCAUAGAUUCUAAAGAUAAAAUGUUUUUUAAACUUAAUAGUCUAACAGGGUUGUACAAGCAUAAAACAAGCAGCAAUGCAACAUAGGUAUAGUAAACACUUACUGAUAUUUUUACUGCAUCUAAAGAGGGACCACAGUGUGUGAAUAUGGAAGACAGGAAAACACCUGGGCCGUUCAGUCAGGCAGGGCAUUAAAGAGAAACUGGAGGGCAGCUGGAAAGAGAGAGCACCUUAUACAGUGCUAAUGCUGAGACCUACAUGCUAACGCUAGUUGCCAAUCCCCAGGAUAGACUUUACCUUGAAGAUCCCUCAAAUGAUAAUCUUUGGGACAGUAAUGUUCAGUACAUCUAAAAGCACAGCUUUAAAUACUCAGAUUGAGGAAAAGAACUCUUCACCAUUCUUCUUUUUGCUUGCAUUUUAAAUAGGUCAGGGUUAACCAAGUUCAGUCCUGCAGAAUUUGAUCCAACCGUGAUGAAAACCCAUCUUCCUGUAGCUUUGCAGUAACCCUUAGACCUUCGCUAGCAUAUUUAGUUGCGUUAGAUUGAAGUUAACCAAGCAUAAAUGUGCAGGACAGUGAAUCUACAAGCUCUGAAAUGAGUGUUGUAAGCUACAUUCUGUCAAAUUUGCAACACUGCCCUCUAUGCGGCCAGCUGCAUCUCUCUCGCUCUCCUUUUGGACCUGGUGUGACCCACAGCCCAUGUGAUAUGAAUUUUACAGGCAACGACAACAGCCUCUGUCUGUAAACUUUGCGCUAAAUUUAGCGCUGGGUGAAACAGAACAUGGUUGCUUAAUUGUAGAUACAUUUUUAAGGUACCAAGUAUGAACAAACAAUAUUAUAAACGAGGGAUGAAUGUUCUAGAAUGAAAGGCCAAAAUCUGAGGUAAGCCUUCUUAUGGAAAGCAGAUCUACCAUCCUGACACCCUGUACAAGGUUACCCAAAGGACCUGGUAGUCAAAUAUUAAGCCAAAGGUGUAACAAACACAAAAAUCCCUGUGCAUGUGCAAGUGCGUGCACUUAUUUAUAUCUUCAUACAUCCUCCUUCUUUGGGGCUUGACAGGUGGCCCCCAGCUCCACCUGUCCAUCCUUUUUCGCAGCCACAUGGUGGCGGACAAAUCCAGAAAGGGAUCAGUCAUUCAAGAAAUGGCAUGCUGAAGUGCCACGGGGCCACGGAAGAUCUCUGGACACCGGAUCAGACGCAGCUGCCCCCGGCUGCUAUUUUCACUCAGCUUAAAGCACCAUGGGCAGCCAGCUUCUACGCCAUGGACUACCCACAACAACUCUGCACGCCAUGAAGUCCAGUACAGGCGAGCACGGGCUAGCUCACGCACAUCCCGCACACGAUACCCAGAGCUUGCCCUCCGACCCUGAUGAUCUGGACAGCGGCAGUGACAGCUCGGAGAAAUCCACUGGAGCUGGGAGCCCCACCAGGGGCCAUAGAGAGGUCAGGAGACGCCGAGGGAGCCGCAGACUUGCAGGAGUGAGCAAACAACGGCAGGCAGCGAAUGCCCGGGAGAGAGACCGCACUCACAGCGUCAACACUGCCUUCACAUCUCUGCGCACCCUUAUCCCAACGGAGCCGGCCGACAGGAAGUUGUCAAAAAUUGAGACUCUACGAUUGGCAUCGAGCUACAUUUCACACCUGGCCAAUGUGCUUCUGUUAGGGGAGGACUGCAGGGACGGGCAACCCUGUCUGAAAUAUCACAACAUCUUACAAAGCAAUGCCAACCUUAAAUCCCCACCAGUCCGACCCAUCUGCACCUUCUGCCUGAGCAACCAAAGGAAAAUGCUUCGAGAUGGGGAAAAGCACACAACUGCGUGACAGAAGUUCUCUGACUGACCGCUGCUACGUAUGAGCUCUCAACCUCUGAAUGUUUACAUGUAAAGAGAUAUUGCCUUGCACAGAGACGUUUUGCUGGGGUUUUUUUUUUAUUUUAUCUACGAGGACAGACGAAAGGAGUGACAUGGAGACACGGAUCUGCACUUUUUUUUAUCCCUGUGUCUUCAGGGGUGUCCACCUUAUCAACUGUUUUGGUUAAUGUAACCGGAGAAUAUGUGUAAAGUUGCACCUGGUGGGAGGCUAUUUCAGUAUCAGAUAUAGUAAGCGACACCAUCCCUUGCCUUAAAAAAACAGUCUUGUGUCUGCCCCUCGCCUGUCACAUGAUGGUAACUGAAACCUUGUGGUUUGCAGUGGUCGCUGUCAGUACAACAGCGGGCAAAAAUCACAUCCCCUCCCUCUUGUCUCCACAUCGACGCAUGGACCACGAUCCCAACAUGGCUCUUGAGAGACUGUAAACAAGAUUCUAUCCUCAGCAUGAACAUUUGGGAUGGGCAAGCAUGCUAAAUAUUUAUCAGAAAGUUCAAGCGGCACAUGACUGAAUGUUAAAGGUGGAAGUAGUUCAUGAUGAGAACCUGAUCUUUCAUGUCUUGAGAACAAGGCACAUAAUCCCUAAUACAAGCCCUGGGUCAUGACCCAGUAGGAGUUCACGUUGGUGACGUAAUUUGUAGUGUGCACUUCGGAAAAGGCUAUUUGGGGUUGCAAUGGGCAAAAGCUUGUUCAUGUUACAUUGUGCCCUUGCUCUGUCAAUUACACAAUGACUUGGCUUUUUUUUUUAUCUGCAGAAAGGCAUUUGACAGGGUGCCUUAUCUUGCUCUUGGAAGGGCAACUUCACACAGAUUUGAGUCUGUAUAAUACACUUAGAGCACCAAUAUCCAAAUCCUGCACUCAAGAACAGCAAAUAGCAAGAAUAAUGCUAAGGCACUUUUCCCAAAUCAAAUCAUUAAGCUGAACAUUAGUGGGGACUGUACCAGCAUGGGCUUCAAGAGAAAGCUGCUUUUUAACAAAUGCCCCAAAAUAUGCCCCAAGUUGCCGAUGAACAAGCUUUUGUAAAUGUAACAUGUGCUAUAAGCUCACUACUAUAUCACUUGCUAAACCUCCAAAUACAUUGUUUACAUAAAAUAGCAAUGAUGAAUUUGAGCCUAACCCUUAUUGUAAUUUCAGAUUCUACACCUGCGAUGUGAACUUAUGUACAGCAUAGUCAUUUCUAUGCAACGUGUUUACCUGCGUCUUGCACAAGUCAAAACAGCAGCUUGUAGGUUUUUCUGAUUGUGCAGAAUGACUUGCAUUUACUUGUAUUAAAUAAAGAUGUGCACUACCAAGAAAAAAGCACCACAUAUUGAACUAUAAAUGCUGUAGGAUAAGGCUUAAACAAUUUGUAAAUAACUGCACUUUUUUUUACCCAAAUAAAGGUUGAAAUACAACAAAUGGCCUGCUUAAGCAUUUGAAAUGAAAGAUACAAACUGGCCUGUUAUAUUCUAAUACUUGAACUGUCUUUUAAUUAAAAAAAAAGGUCCUUUGCACAUGUAAAACAUCAAGCUGCUAUUUAAUGAUCAGGUAUUUUUGUACAAGAAAAAAAAAAAAGUCUGUACUCAUGACUCAAAUCAUUAAAAUAUUUUUGAAAAAGUCUCUGCAUUCUGGUUUUCAGAUGCCCCCUGGUGGAAGAACCUACACACCGCUCAAAACAAAUCUGAAGUCACAAUUAAAAUAAAUAACAAAAACAAGCCAAGAAUAUACUUCUAGAUCUUUAUUUCUUAAAAAAAGUCAAUUAGUUUGUCAGAUUAAAGAAACUGGUGACGAAUAAGAUGGAGGUACAUCAUAGAAGAGGUUGGGAGUCAUUUAAGGGUCUUUACAGGUGAUCUGCAAAUUGUUUUCAGCGCUGUACAGUUUGAUAGGCAGGGAACAGAACGCCGAUGGAUGUUAUGGGAGAAGGACUCAACCCUUUGGCAAUAACAUCACGAUGAGACAAAGAGGACCGUUUAUUCCCUUUGUGGAACACUGAUCAUGACAGGGCAUGAAGGCAUCAAUACCAUAUAGAAAAGGGCGUCUUAAAAGCAAACAAGGCAGCCUGAUCUAAUUCAAUGGAAUGUCAAUUCAUAAAGGAAUCACUAGAACAAUAAUUUAAGAUGUCCGAACUGUGUCAACACUUAAAAGUUCCUUGAGUGAGUAAAUAAUUACAAAGGUUGACCACAACUUUUGUGCUAUCUUAAGUGUAAACCUUAUUAGAAAAAUCUGUUAAAAUUAACCAUUUGUUAUAAAGCCCUUAAAUGACAUCUAAAUGUUAUGGUUUGAAAAAACAGGAGGUAGAAUCAAAAAAAAAAAAAAAAAAAAAAAAA